GUACGCUUUAUACAACGAACCAAACACCGCCGUCUUUCGUUUACUUUUAUUUGUGCCUCGGCUUUUCUUUCUCAAAUUCUGCGGCUUUAGUCGGACCUUUCCUGCUGACGGCGGGUCAGAGCUGCAGAUCUAAAGCUGCGGACUCGCUGCAGGAGGACAGAGACAUUGUCCAGCUGAACAGUCAUGCUGCUGGUGGACACCGGUGUGUACAUUGGCUCUGCAGCCGACCUGAACGACAGGCAGGCGCUAGAGGCUGCGUCUGUCACUCAUGUCCUGUCUGUGGACUCGGCGGACCCCGCGCUGCUGCUCCCGCCUGACGGGAAGCUCCUCAGGAAGUGGAUCGACGUUUUGGACGAAGCCACGUCUGACCUCCUCAGUCACAUGGACGCCUGCUGUGUUUUCAUUGAGGAGGCGGUUAAAGGGGGCGGGGCAGCGCUUGUUCACUGCCAGGCGGGUCGGAGUCGCAGUGCCACCAUUGUGACUGCUUAUCUCAUGAAGAGAUACCAGCUGGGCUUCACUGAGGCCUACAACAGACUGAAAGGUCUCAAACAGGAUGUUCAGGUCAACAGUGGCUUUGAGGAGCAGCUCCAUCUGUAUGAAGCCAUGCACUGUGAAGUGGACACGUCCAGUUCCUCCUACAAACAGUACAGACUGCAGAAGAUCACAGAGAAAUACCCAGAGUUACAGCAGGGCCUGGCAGAGUUGCCCAGGGAGAUUUUUGCUAUUGACCCCGCCAACUCCAGCUCCUCUGAGUUGUCCUAUAGAUGCAGAAAGUGCAGACGGACUCUGUUUCGUGGCUCCAGCGUUCUCAGUCAUGCUGUAGGGGAAGGAGCUUCGGCCUUCAGUCACAAGAAGCCCAGUAACCUGACCGGAGAAGUCCAGUGCACCUCGUACUUCGUUGAGCCGGUGCAGUGGAUGGAGCCGGCUUUGCUUGGAGUGAUGAAUGGACAGCUCCUGUGUCCAAAGUGUCGCUCCAAGCUGGGCUCGUUCAGUUGGUGUGGAGACCAGUGUUCGUGCGGCCGAUGGGUCACGCCCGCCUUCCAGCUGCAUCGCAACAGAGUGGACGAGAUCCGACAGCUUCACGUUUCUAAAUAACACGCACACCUGUCUCAGGAGCUGAUCUUAACGUGGUUCACAUAAAUGCUGUGCAUAGACGGUAUGAAUGGAUGAAAUAAUGUAGACCCUAAGUGUACAAAGUCAAAAGAACCAUCUUCUGAGGGCAGCAUUUAUGAAUGAGACGAUCUGUAAAUAUUGUAUUUAAAUAAAACAUUCUCCAACACA